AAAAAAAAGCAAAUCGGAAAAGAGAGAUUGCCCAGGCCGCAAGACUAGGUUUGGGCAUAUAUAUAUAUACUACCAGCGCCAUCGGAUCGAUCUAGGGUUUAAUAACCUGCCAAGGGCCGCCGCCCCCUAUCCAAUCGCUGCCGCUGAACGGAGAAGCAUGCCGCUGAGCGUUUCCGCCGAACCCGAAAGAGCAUGUUGGAGUGCCGUCUUCUGCUCUCUGCAGGGUAAUUUGAUUCUCAGGGCAGAAGGGGCGGCGCUUGAGGACUAUGUCCGCAUUAAAGUUGAAAUCCCAGAGGAUGAUAACCGGAUUGACACUGCAAACUACGUCUUCUAUGUGGACCCGUACUUAUGUAACAGUGUCAUUGUCCACACAAUGCCAGCAAGAUAUGGCCGUGAUAUAGACGUGUUUUUCGUGACGAUGUAUCGUGCUAUACAGGCCAGCUUGUGUGUCAACCUUGAUCUCGCAUCUGGCAGUGGCUGUAGCUAUGCAUAUGGCGAAAUCACAGCGCACCAUGAGUUCUACGGUGACUUUAAUGUCCUGCUUUUUCAGUGUGGAGAAGAUGAUAUGGCAGAGGUUGUUGAUGGCAGACUUCCAUUGUUGCGGACUUGGGCAGCUGUUCCGAUAUACUUAGAGCCGCUCUUGAUAAUCAAGCUGAACCUUAAUGUUUUUACUAAUUCUGACCAUGUUAAUGACGGUCAUGCCAUCUCCUUCCAAGGUGAUCUUACCUUCUACCAUGACCAGUAUGAAAAGACAAUCUGCAAUGCUGACCAUGGUACAGUUGAAGUGCAGAUUGGGUACCGUUAAUUGCCCAGCAGGGGGAUGCUAUCCGUUGUAAACUAACCUUUUAUAUGUAUGAUAUUGCUGUAUGGAUCAGCUGGAUUUAUGUCAUAUAUCCCUCUGAAUGGCUGGCCGGUUAUCAUGUCU